UAAUCUGCCUUGACGUGAAACCAGUCCAUUGAGAUCAACAACAUAUCAAUUUACACUUUCGUUAGGUCUGGACUAGUUCCAGCAGUUAGUUCCGGGGUGCAACAACAUAGAGCUUACGAUUUCAUACAUCUAGGGAAUGACGGCGACAUCUUCUAGACGUUCUUUCUGUAGGUGAACAUUUGUAACAAGGUCAAGGUAACGUGUUUAUAUUCCAGUCGAUGUCGUCCUGGACUCCUAGCAACUGUAUUGCAGACUGUCCAGUAACCAAAGAAAAAAACAAAAUACGAAGUUUAAAAAAGCCGACGACCUAGCUUAGCCUACUUAUGAAAUGAGAAAGAGUUCCACAAUGCCAUGCUAGUGUUAUAGGCCCUGGUCAUUGACAACCAGAAGAUCAACAGGAUAUGAGAUGGACAACGAUCUCAAAGAUCUGCACCAGAACCUCGUAGGAGACCGACGAUUGGCUAAAGACUACCAGGAACUAGAGAGACAGUCACUGCGUGAAAUUGUCAACUGGAGACAAAAGAGAAGAGAGAUUGUUAAAGACUAUAAAAGGGUAAUACAAAGAUCGCCUGAUACUGACGAAUGGAUGCAAAGUCGAAAGGCUCGCAAAGACUCGUGGCAAACACGAGAACGAGACGAGAUCUCCAAACGUUACUGCAGAAGAUACAAACAUUUCCGAGCGCCACCCGAUUUGAAAGAGACAGCUGACAAAAUAAAAUCAGUCAUCAAAGAAAGUGUUGGAGAGUUGGCAUUACCAAAGCAAACGCGCAGCCAUGAUUUCAGUCCGAUAUCGACAAAGCUAACGCCGCAUGGCGCGAAACGUCGCCAUUCCGUUCCGGCAGAGUGUCAGACGUCCAGUCUGCCGGAAAUCAUUGAGCCGUUGAGAAGAAUGACUCUGGGACACAUUGAAAUGACAAAGGACGUUCACAAAAGCGGUUCGAAUCUAGGGAAUAGAGUUUACCUGUGUGACAUCAAAGACAGAAAAUAUAUAGUCUGUAGAGACUACCCGUAACACACAGGGAAGUUUGGAUCUAACAACAUAGCAUUAUAAACAUUAUAUGCACUGGGUAUCGAUGAUUUUCUAUGCCAAAGGAACGGGAAGAAAACAAAAACAAAACAAUUACUUAUGAGACAGUAUGAAGGUACAUUUUAUAUAGUACCCAACCUUAAUCUAUAUUCUUGAAAUAAAGGAAUUAAAUCUAAUAAAGUAACAGAAUUAAAAUUAUACUUUUUAAGUUUUAAAUCAGACAUCUCACACCAUAUAUUCGAAACUGUCGACCAAUAUAAGCCUAUAUUCUCAGUACUCAACCACAAAGUCCAUUCAUCGUUCAUCACUUUUAUUAUCUAAGGGAGGGGCGGAGGGCUUGGUCAUUCAGUUUUGUGCCUUGGCAUUUGGCUGUAAAUCUUUUCUUUGCCCGAAUUGUUCGACUACAAACCGGACAUACCAUGGGUGGGCAACCUUUUGUAUUGAGGGUCGCAUACUAUUUAUUUUUGGUAUAAGGGGCCGCAUAUAAUACACACUGGUGUUAUAUAUGUGUAUUUGUGUGUGCGUGUUUAUCUAAUUAUUCAGAUUCCAAAUCUUCAAGUAGUUCUCUGAUCUGGCGGUUGUUAAGUCCCUUAGACCUGAUAAAGUUGAUCACUGUGACAAUUGGGUCAAUAAUAUGCUGGAUUUUCAAUGUAGCUUUGCAAAAACUUUUCUGAUGGAUAACACAGUAGAGAAGUCAGAGUGCAUGGUCAGAAGGCUAUAUCUCCCUUUAAUGUCAACAUUUAUCAUCUUUAACAA